AUGGACCCUCCGGCUGCCAAGCGGAGCCGGGGCUGCCCGGGGGGGUCGGAGGAGCGAGAGGCCGGGGCCGGACGCGGCGGCCGGAGCCGGGUGGAGACUCUGCUGGACCUCAGCGCCAAGCGAGUGGCCGAAACCUGGGCCUUCGAGCAGGUGGAAGAGCGAUUCUCCCGGGUGCCUGAGCCUGUACAGAAGCGUAUCGUUUUCUGGUCUUUCCCACGAAGUGAGAGGGAGAUAUGUAUGUACUCUUCCCUUGGCUACCAGCCCCCUGAAGGCGAGCACGAUUCUCGAGUGCCCUUCAAUCGUGGGCUACACCUCCUGCAGACUGGAGCCGUGGACAGAGUGCUACAAGUGGGCUUCCACCUGAGUGGAAAUGUGACAGAGCCUGCAGGCCCCAGUGAGCCAGAGCGUCUCUACCACGUGUCCAUCAGCUUCGACCGAUGCAAGAUCACCUCAGUAAGCUGCGGCUGUGACAACCGAGACCUCUUCUACUGCGCCCACGUGGUGGCAUUGUCCUUACACCGCAUCCGCCACGCACGCCAGGUGGAGCUUCGGCUGCCCAUCUCCGAGACAUUGUCCCAGAUGAACAGGGACCAGCUGCAGAAGUUUGUCCAGUAUUUGAUCAGCGCCCACCACACCGAGGUGCUGCCCACCGCCCAGCGCCUAGCAGAUGAGAUCCUCUUUCUGGGGUCUGAGAUCAACCGUGUCCAUGGUGCCCCUGACCCCACAGCCGGGGCUGGCAUCGAAGAUGCCAACUGCUGGCACCUGGACGAGGACCAGAUCCAGGAGCAGGUCAAGCAGCUGCUUUCCAACGGUGGCUACUAUGGUGCAAGCAAACAGCUGCAGUCUAUGUUCAAUAAGGUCCGGGAGAUGCUGCGAAUGCGCGACUCCAACGGAGCCCGGAUGCUUAUCCUCAUGACUCAGCAGUUCCUCGAAGACCCUCGACUGGCCCUCUGGCGGCAGCAGGGCGCAGGCAUGACGGACAAAUGCCGGCAGCUGUGGGACGAGUUAGGAGCCCUCUGGGUGUGUGUGGUGUUGAGCCCCCAUUGCCGACCCGAGGAACGGACAGGCUGGCUUCAGCAACUGAAACAGUGGGACGAGCUCAGCGUCUGCCCGCUGGAAGAGGGCAGCUAUUCUUUCGAGGGGGUUGCUGGCCCAUCCCUGCAGUCCGGCUCUCCCCCCAGGCCAGCAACCACUCGCCACACAGUGUUUGGACGCGCCCUGCAAGCUGGGGAGUUGCGCUGGGGAGACCCUCACCUCCAGAAGAUCCUGGCCAGUGACUACUACGGGCCAGGCCUCAAGACUGGUGGUGGCAGCGGGGGUGACAAGCUGAGCUUUGACCCCCAGGGCCGCCCACUCUGGCUAGGUGAGCCCUUCCCCACUGCCUGUGCUCGAGUGGACGCCCUGCGCUCCCACGGCUAUCCCCGGGAGGCCCUGCGCCUGGCAUGUGCUGUGGUCCACACCUUGAGGCUUCAGCGGCGCCAUCAGCUUGAGAGCUACAAGCAGCAGAAGAAAGAACUGCUCCAGAAAGGUUCCACCAGUAUCACUAAUGUGGAGGGAUGGGUGGGCCACCCGCUGGAGCCCAUCAGCUGCCUUUGCAGGGCCUUCCUGGAGGCCUGCCGUGUGGAGGACCAGGGUCUCGGCCUCUAUCCGGCAGACCCAACCUCUGAGAAGCGGAAGUCCACCUACCAGCAUGUGAUGGUCCCUGGCAACCCUGGUGAAUCCUACUUGGCCUUGGCCCUGGAGGUGGCACUACUGGGUCUCGGGCAGCAGCGGGCCAUGCCCGAGGGGCUCUACGCUCAGGACAAGGUCGUGCGCAGUGAGGAGCAGCUCCUGGCCCUCCUGGACGAGGUGCAGCUGGACGAGAGGCUGGUGCAGGGGCUCCGCAAGCAGGCAGCCCUGCUGCUGGAGGGGGGACCCUUCAGUGGCUUUGGGGAGGUGUUGUUCCGAGAGAGCGUACCCAUGCACACCUUUGCCCGCUUCCUCUUCACGGCCCUCUUACCCCAUGACCCUGACCUGGCAUACCGCCUGGCUCUCCGUGCUAUGAGGCUACCUGUGCUUGAGACGGUGCUGCCUGCUGGUGACCUUCUCCACCACAACCCACUGGACUCUAUGAUGACCAACCGCUUUCCCCGCUGGUUCAUCCUUGGCCACCUGGAGACACGCCAGUGUGAGCUGGCCUCUACCAUGCUGACAGCCGCUAAAGGGGACCCCAAAUGGCUGCACACAGUUCUGGGCUCCAUCCAGCAAAACAUCCACUCUCCGGCCCUGCUCUUCAAGCUGGCCCAAGAUGCCUGCAAGACAGCCACGCCAGCCAAUGCGCCCCCAGACACCACCCUGCUCAACAUCUCCCUGGAACUGGGGCUGCAGGUGAUGCGGAUGACUCUGAACACUGUGACGUGGCGCCGCAGAGAGAUGGUACGCUGGCUUGUCAGCUGCGCCACGGAGAUUGGUGCCCAGGCCCUAAUGAAUAUCAUGCAGAACUGGUACUCUCUCUUCACACCCAUUGAGGCCACCACUAUCGUAGCCGUGACAGGCACCACCCAUGCCACCCUUCUGCGCCUUCACCUGGACUUUGCCCGUCGAGAGGAGCUCUGUGGUUGUGCCAGGACCCUGGCCCUUCAGUGUGCCAUGAAGGAUCCCCAGAACUGUGCCCUGCCCGCUCUGACUCUCUGCGAGAAGAACCAUGCCGCCUUUGAGGCCGCCUAUCAGAUUGUACUAGACGCAGCAGCUGGUGGCAUGGGCCACUCCCACCUUUUCACCGUGGCCCGCUACAUGGAGCACCGAGGCCUCCCUCUAAGGGCCUACAAGCUGGCCACACUGGCCCUGACCCACCUGAGCAUCGCCUUCAACCAAGACAGCCACCCGGCUGUCAAUGAUGUGCUGUGGGCCUGCUCACUGAGCCACUCCCUGGGCCGCAAUGAGCUGUCAGCCAUUGUCCCACUAAUUAUCCAGAGUGUGCAGUGUGCGCCGAUGCUGGCGGACAUCCUGCACCGCUGGACCCUGAGUUCUCCCGGCCUGGGCCCUCUGGGUGGUCGUCGAGGCGCGGGCGCCACCAAGCCCCUGGCCACAGACCGGGCCCCCCUCUGCCAGCUGCUAGAUGCGGCUGUGGCAGCCUAUGUCACCACCACCCACUCUCGACUGACACACAUCAGCCCCCGACACUAUGGCGAGUUUAUCGAGUUCCUGGGCAAAGCCCGGGAGACCUUCCUGCUGGCUCCUGAUGGCCACUUGCAGUUUGCCCAAUUCCUUGACAACCUCAAACAGACCUACAAAGGGAAGAAAAAACUUAUGCUUCUGGUCCGGGAGCGCUUUGGCUGAGGGGCUGCUGGUGCCUGGGGAGGAAAACCCCCCUUCCCCUGUGAGCCACUUCCCACUUCUCCCCUCUCCUAGCCGGGCUGGGCCCCAGGCACAAGAUGAAGAUUUGAGUGUUUAAUUUAUAUGGCAGGGGCAUGCAAUCAGCAUUUCAGUAUUAGGUUAGAAACCGUCUGGAGCGGUUUUGAAGGAUUGGGGGGGUGGGGGAUGGUCACUGGGCAUGAAGUCAGUGGGGGGUAAGGAGUCUUGCCCUCUCCUCCCCCCCUCCCUCAACAGCCACUUCAUCUCCAGGGGUUCCAGCGUGUGUAUGUAUACAUGGACAAGGACCCUAGGAUGAGAAGCCAUACCCCAGCCUCCUGAGGCCUGAACAACCAAGAUCAGGACAGCUCUGAGGGGCCAAGGGGAAGGGCUAUUAUGAAAAACCCUCAGUUGUUCCUUAGGGCAGAUCCCAGACUGGAGACUGGGCUUCUUGGAUCCUCUAGGACCAGCUAGGGUGCAUGCCAGCUUUCCCCUUUGAACUAGACCCUGAAGGAAAUGUAGCAGACCCAGCCACUUUGGGCUUGAGGUCUUUAAUUAUCUAUGAAUGGCAUGUGAAUUCCACCCCAGCCCACCCCCAUCCUCUCCACCCUCAUCCCUGCAUAUGCCCGCACACCUUCCUUGGCCCAGACCUAGAAUCUCUCCACCGACUCUUCAGUGGAAAUAUGGGCUUGUCCCAUGUGUCUGUGGGUCUCUAUCACCUUUGCCCUGCUCCUGGGGGAGAAGAGGAAGAGCCGGUAUCUUUCAGCUUUCCCCUCCCUCCAGAAACACCCACCCCUUCCCCUGCCCAGUGAAGGAUUCUUGUUGACUUUGUGAGGAGGGGAGUGUCCUCCUCUACCAAGCCCCAUGGCCUGGGCAUUAUACCUCACCUCCCCUGGUUCUGCCUGGGGCCUUGGGGUCCCCAGGUAGGAAAGGGGGGGCACACUCCCACUCACUGCUCAGCCACGGGGACUUCCAUGGAGCAUUGUCCCCUAUCUUGCCUUUGGGAAAGGGAGGCUUUCCAGGGGGCUCCUUGCUGCAGCUCCCAUCCCUGGAGAGGACUGAGACAACUUGGUCCCAACUAACCCCCACCCAACCUGCCCAUCACUGGACAACCUCAACUCAGGAACACGAGCAGAGCUUCAGUGCUCUUGCUUGAAUCGAUUUUUGGGAAGAUAGAUGUCAGAGACAGGAAACUCCCUCCCUCACCCCAUAUUCUUAAUAUAUACGGGAAGGAAAAGCUCCAGUCAUGUGGCAUUGUCCCCCUCCCCCCAAGUGUUCUCCUUAACUGGGGCGUGUUUUUGUUGUGUUUGCCCCCUUGUGAGUCCCUCCAUCUGUUGUCUGUCCAUGUGGCAGGAGAAGGGGGCAAGGCAGCUGCACAGCCAGACCCCCUACCUCCACGUGUCCCCAACUCACCUCACCUUUUCUUAUAUAUUAAGAGGAAAGAUCAUGUAAUUUUGUAAUUUUUUUCUAUUUAU